CGCUGAAUUUUAUUUUCUCUCUUUAGACUUCACCUUCUCCGGCGACUCCCUAAUGAUCGAUCUCAGUUGUUAGACGUAGACCACCGUUACACUGCCGGAACCCUAACCAGCCCAACCCUGACAACCCUUUUCCAGCGAUGGCUCGAAGAUCCUUACCGAUCCUCAAGCAGCUCCUCUCUAAAUCCCCCUCUUCCGAGAAUCCUGCCCUUUUUUCCUCAUGUUUCAAAUCCACAAUCGACGCUCAAAAUCGAUCCGUCACUUACAUGCCCCGACCCGGAGACGGCGCCCCUCGUGCCGUUACUUUGAUUCCCGGAGACGGAAUUGGCCCCUUGGUUACUGGCGCCGUCGAGCAAGUCAUGGAUGCGAUGCACGCCCCUGUGUAUUUCGAGAAGUUUGAUGUUCAUGGAGAUAUGAAGAAGGUGCCCCAAGAAGUAAUUGACUCGAUUAAGAAGAACAAAGUGUGUUUGAAGGGAGGAUUGGUGACCCCUGUUGGUGGUGGUGUGAGUUCGUUGAAUGUGCAACUGAGGAAAGAGCUUGAUCUUUAUGCGUCGCUUGUGAAUUGUUUUAAUCUUCCUGGGCUUCCUACUAGGCAUGAGAAUGUCGAUAUUGUUGUGAUUAGGGAGAAUACAGAGGGUGAGUACUCUGGUUUGGAGCACGAGGUCGUUCCUGGCGUCGUGGAAAGCCUUAAGGUGAUAACAAAGUUCUGUUCUGAGCGCAUUGCUAAAUAUGCUUUUGAGUAUGCUUACCUGAACAACAGAAAGAAAGUUACAGCUGUGCACAAAGCAAAUAUCAUGAAGCUUGCAGAUGGUCUAUUUCUAGAAUCUUGUCGAGAGGUUGCCACAAAGUAUCCUGGAAUAAAGUACAAUGAAGUUAUUGUUGACAACUGCUGCAUGCAACUUGUCUCAAAGCCUGAGCAAUUUGAUGUUAUGGUGACACCCAAUCUUUAUGGAAAUCUCGUAGCAAACACAGCUGCUGGUAUUGCAGGUGGAACAGGAGUUAUGCCGGGAGGCAAUGUUGGUGCUGAUCAUGCUGUUUUUGAGCAAGGAGCUUCAGCAGGAAAUGUGGGGAAUGAAAGGCUAGUGGAACAAAAGAAGGCAAACCCUGUGGCGCUGCUCUUAUCAUCUGCCAUGAUGCUGAGACAUCUCCAGUUCCCUUCUUUUGCCGAUCGAUUAGAAACAGCGGUUAAGAAGGUGAUAUUCGAAGGCAAGUACCGGACCAAGGACCUUGGUGGACAGAGCACGACGCAGGAGGUUGUUGAUGCAGUUAUAGCUGCUUUAGAUUGAUCAAGUAAGGGAGAGUAACUUAUCCCACCAUUCAUAAACAGUUCUUACGAUUUUUGGGUGGUCAAAAUUCCACCAAAUUUCCUGAAUCAAGAAAGAAGAUUUGCCUUUGCCUUUGCCUUUGCCUUUGCCUUUGCCUUUGAAUUAUAUAUAUAUUUUUUGUUUCAGUUUUCCCAAGCCAUCAGAGUUGGGAAUGCGUUUUCUUGUUCCAAUAAAUCUCAAUUCAAGACAACAAUUUGUGGUGUAUUAGAUUUGCAAAAAUCUGAGGAGAAAGCAAUUUUAUUUUACUUGUAUUUGACUGUUUCUCAGCUCUUUAUUAAUCAUCAUAUAACAAAUUGAGGUUUAUGGUGGCAGAAA